CUCGUCAAAUGUCAUUCAUAACCAAAUGUCAAACAUUGCAGAUUACAUGUCAGAGAAUGUCUAGCAGUGUUGACAUUCCAUUGUCUGCAUCGUUGAAGGGCAGUCAAAGAUUCAAUUCAGCUUAUUGAUUUAACAUUGUGUAUUAUCUCUUGAAAAUAACAUCUUCAAACACACAUGAAUUUACGAAAUAUCGUCGUUCUUAUCCUGAUAUGUGCAUCGUGUCACUUCACAAGAGGGGACAAAAUGAUGCUGUUUGACUUCACAAGUGCGCAAAGCGUGGACGAUUGGCGGGAAAUGUCUGACACUGUGAGAAGUGUGGGAAAAUCGAAAGCUGUGUUGACAUUGCAAACAAGCCAGCUGUUCCAGAGAGCGAUCUUCUUCACAUUGCUGAAUCCGCAACCAAAUGGGGCUGGUUUUGCUGGUGUCAGAAAGUCAGUAAAUCUCGACCUGUCCAUAUUCAAGAAUAUUGAAAUCGUUUGCCGAGGGCAGGGGCAAAAUAAUCAUUACAAAAUCAAUCUCAAGCACCGAGGACAGAGUUCCAAUGAGGAUCUCACCUAUGAACAAUUCUUUACGGUACCAAUAUCGGAUGAUGAAUGUUUCACAAUAACGUUGCCUCUGAAAGACUUCAAGCCUUAUUAUCGUGGACGCGAAAUUCCGGAUGGCGAGCCUCUGGAUACAGCAAAUAUUACUCUGUUUGAAUUUCAAAUUUAUGGUGGUGUUUAUUCUUCAAUUAAACAACGUGGAGUAUCAGCAUUAGAGAUAGAAACUGUAUCAGUUUCUUCCUAAAAUAUUUUAGUCAUGUUGAAAAAUAUAAAUUACAUUUUAUAUAUGCAUCUAUAGAAUUUGUAGUUUUGAGAAAAACAUUGUGCUAUACAUAUAUGACACAAACAUAUAGCUAAUCUCUACAUUUGACUUUUAUAUAAUUGUUACAUUUUUGUAAUUAUAUAUAUAUUAACAACAAAAGUUCGAUAUUAUAAAUGCCUGGUGUUAAACUGUCAUGUUACCAAAAAAAAUAAAUAAACAUUUUAUAUAACAUAAUAAUAUAA